UUCGCAGUGGCCAUAUUUGUUGAUGUGUCAUAUCCUUAUAUCAAAGUGACUGGUUGGGACUAUCAUCUGGCUUUCGGGAUCAAAGUUCACUGUAGCUUCUGUUGACUCUGCAUUGAACCAUUCAUGAAUUAUAUAAAUUUGAAUUGAGGAGUGGGUGGUCCCAUGGAGGAGCCUGGUCAGCCUCCCUUCAGUCUACAUAAGAUGGAUGUAUCAGAGGCUGAAGCAGUUUGUGACGAGGGCCCACACAACAGCACAGCAAAUGCUAACAAUGAGGAGCAUCCUAAUCGGACAAGUGAAGUUGAACAGUAUAAUCAAAUUAAAGAUGAAGGAAAUGCUGGAAUUAAUAAGACAGUCACAGACAUAUUAAUUGCAAAUACAAAGGAAUCACUCUCUGUAUCUUUAGAGCAGAAUCAGGAACUUGGUUUUGUUCCUGGUGCAGUUAACCAAACAAGUACAUCUUUUACGGACAGUGAUAGAUCUUUCAAUGAAAACAAUGCUGCUUUGAUUUCUCCAAUAGCAAAUGUUGAAGAAACUCCCUCCUCUGUUUUUGAACACACUAAUGAAACCUUAUUGACUGAUAAUAUCUGUGAUUCCCCCAUCAUUACCCCAGACAGCCCAGAAAAGCAGUUAGUCACGGUUGACACGUCUGGUGUUGAGAACCAAGAAUCAGGUGACUGUCUUUCAUCUUCUCAACAAAGCCCUUCUAACAACUCACCUAGUGACUUGACAACAUCUACAAUCUCUAAUGGCUCAUCUACUCCCAACUCAGAUACUAUUGGUUCCUCUCCUCCAACAAGUCCUCAUAUCAGUGCCACAACUCCAGCUCCUAACAUUUUAUCAAGCCCAUAUGACACAGACUGCAGCAGAAACCUGAUUUCCCAGAUUCAGAAUUCACUUUCACAAGAGUCACUGUUGGAAGAGCUAGAGUCCGAGCUGUUAUCAUGUCAAAAAUCUGAAAAUGAACGUUCCAAUGGCAUGAAGGAAAGUUCUCCUGUUAAUGGACUAUCUCCAAAUCAAGAGGACUGCAUGGUUGUCUUUGAGAAGUGUGUGCAGUACAAGUAUGCACAACAGGAAAAGGCCAUUCAGAGGUUGUUAGAGGAGAACAAGCGGCACCAGGAGCUGAUCUUGGGCAUCUGUGCGGAAAAGGACACCAUGAGAGACGAGCUGAAAAAACGGUCUGAGACAGAGAAACUACAUCUAACUACUAUUAACAAGUUGGAGGGACGGGUGGAGGAGCUGCUGAGAGAGCUGAAGGGGUCAAAAGACAAACUCACACACCAGGAAAAUGCCUCCAGAGCUUCAAUUCAGCAAAUACAGAAGGAGAUGGCCUACAGAGUGGACCAGAUGAAUAAGAAGUGCGAUGAAGCACGUCAGGAAAAGGAAGCAAUGGUGAUGAAGUAUGUCCGUGGGGAGAAGGAGGCCCUGGACCUGAGACGGGACAAAGAGAGUCUGGAGAAGAAACUGAGAGAGGCCACUAAAGAGGUGGAUAGACAAGCGCUCAGAGGGAACCAGCUCGCACAGGACAAGGGACGGCUGCAGCAGAUGUACGAGGCCAAGGAAGGGGAGGUGUCUAGACUUUCCCGGGAAGUGGAAAAAUUAAAAGAAGAGAUCAACUCCCAUCUCAUCAAAGUCAAAUGGGCACAGAAUAAACUGAAGAGUGAAGCUGAUGCACACAAGGAAACAAAAGACAAACUGAGAGAGACCACGUCUAAACUGGCUCAGGCAAAAGAGGAGACAGAACAGAUUCGUAAAAACUGCCAGGACAUGAUCCGAACAUACCAGGAGUCUGAGGAGAUUAGAUCCAAUGAAUUGGAUGCUAAACUGAGGGAAACCAAAGGAGAGCUAGAAAAACACAGGCAAGAACAAACGGAUCAAUUAGAGCUCCAUAAAGUGAAGGCAAAGGAGCUAGAAGAUCUGAAGAAGAGUUACAAAGAAUCCAUGGAUGAACUGGAAACACUACGGACCAAGUUAAAAUGCCUAGAGGAUGAGAGACCACGGUGGGAAGACGAGCUUAGCAAAUACAGAGAAAUCAUCAACAGACAAAAGGCUGAGAUCGGGCGGCAGAGGGACAAGUUGGAGGAGAUCACCAAACUGGAGGAGCAGCAUCUACGUGAUCAGGAGGAGAUUUCAGGGCUCCGAGAGGAAGUGGACAGUUUGACAAACCAACUGUCGGACCUGCAGCACGACGUGGCGGGGAGCAGGGAGCGUGAGGCUGAACUUCUGGGAUUCACUGAGAAACUGAGCAGCAAAAACGCUCAGCUCCAGUCAGAAAGCAAUACACUACAGGCCCAACUGGACACACUCACCUGCAUGCAUACACAGCUCCAGGGUCUGCAGGAGGAGACCAGCCGCCAACUUGAAGAGAAGUCUCGAGAUCUGAAACAGGAGGAGGCUUUGAGACGACAGGAGGUACAGGGUCUGGAGCAGGAGAGGGCCACUCUGCAGACAGAAGUGUCCCAGCUCAAAACCCGAGUGGACGAGCUGAGAGACGAGCUCACGACUCAGAAAAGGAAACAAGCCGCCAACAUCAAGGACCUGACAAAACAACUCACACAAGCUCGUAAAAGAUUAGAACAGGUUGAAAAUGGAGGCUGCGAUCGAGACGCCAGCAGCAUGGGCAGUCGUUCCAGUUCUUCAGGCUCCUUGAACGUGCGUCACACUGUUAGCGUUGAGGACCGGUCCCCUGAGAGCCAUUCUGUGGUGGUCACGGACAGUUUUCCGGAGGUAGACAAGGCUGUGCUGGUGGAGCGGAUUGUGCGACUGCAAAAGGCCCUCGCCCGGAAACAGGAGAAGAUUGAAUUCAUGGAAGACCACAUCAAGCAGCUGGUGGAGGAGAUCCGCAAGAAAACAAAAAUUAUCCAGAGCUAUGUACUGAGAGAGGAGACGGGAGCGCUGUCGUCAGAGGCGUCGGACAUUAAUAAAGCCCACCUGAGCCGCAGAGGGGGCAUCAUGGCGUCCCUGUACACUUCGCACCCGGCGGACCAUGGCCUGACCCUUGACCUUUCGCUGGAGAUCAACAGGAAGCUGCAGGCAGUGCUGGAGGACACGCUGCUCAAAAAUAUUACUCUGAAGGAGAAUCUGCAGACACUGGGGGCAGAGAUCGAGAGGCUCAUCAAGCAACAACGCGAUCCAGAUGACAAUGCAAAACGGAAGUAAAACACAAAACCAGAGACCAGAAACGAGGAAAUAUUUAAGGGAAUUUAAUUUAGUUUUAAACCAUGUGUAAUUGAAAACCUUAUCGUGCACUUGAUAUUUGGAGAAUUCAAUCAGAGUUUUGAAAGUGCCAGUAGCUUGUCAAUUUGAAUCUGGACAUACUUGAAAUGCCAUCUGUGAGAACUGAAUCUUCUUCCUGUGGCUCAAGUCUGUCUGUGAAGAGAGCCUUGCAAAAUUCUGCUUAAGAAAUUGCCUUCCUCCAUCUUGAAUGUACAGCAGAAAAAUCGAGGAAUGGUCACUACAAGACAUUUUAACCAAGACAAAUGAGUAUAGAUUUCCUUCAUCGCAGCUCCGCUAAUUGGGAUGCGGUUCCUGGCGUUCCCUCUACCUCUUUUCCCAAAGUCCAUCUGCCACAGGCCAAAUGUAUUCGUGCUUUUGAGCUCGCCACACUCCAUACGUGAAAGAAGAAAUGCAUUUGUGGCUUUUACCUGUCACCUGCAUCAAUAGUCCCAUUUUCUUUGUGCAGCACUUAAAAAGGACCAAGUGAGAAAAAAAACAACUUCUGCAAUGUUGAGUGAAGCCAACUCCAGAAGUGUAGUCAGACGUCAUGUUUGUGAAUGUGUGCACAGCUGAAGGAAGGCUGACCAUGUAAUGUUUUUUUUUGUUUGUGUAAAAAUGGUGAAUGUUAAUUUAUUAUUCUUUGUAGCUAAGAGAUAUUUUAUUUUUUAAAUAUUAAUGAUUAUACUUUUAUUUUAAUCAUAUCUUUUUGAUUUAAAUAUUUUUGCCUUUUUUCUGUUUUGUUCCUAUUUGUCACAAAUUACAGGUGCAUCACAAUUAUAUAACAUCGUGUUAUGUCAGUGAUUUAAUUCAAUGUGAAGCUCAUGUGAUAUAGAUUAAAUGAAGGUCUUAAAAUUAAAAUCAUAUAUUUUUACCCAUUUUUGUUCGUUCAUUGGUUUACAGCAUUCAACAAAGCAAUAGGGAUGCAAUCCAAUACCAGUAUUUGAUAUCGGCACAGACACAAAAAAAUUGCCAGAUCAGAUAAUGGCUUUCAAAUAUCAGUUCAACCAAUAUCCAGGAUGUUGGACAUAUAGAUGUAAUAAAGAGAGACUCAAAGUUAGAACUUUUAUUUACACAAAGCUGUUCAUUACUUACUUGUAGGAUAAACAGCUACAUUUGUUUCAGUUUUGUCUUAUUUUAUAUACUUUUUUAUUUUAUUUAAGGAAAUAAAGUUUUCAGUGUCUGUGCUGGUAUUGUUUAAUAUCACAGUUGGAGAAAAAGCUGGAUCGUUGCAUCCCUAAUCCCCCCAAAAAAUGUAAUUUAUUAGAUAACUUUAACUACUGAAAUAUUUUUACUUUUUAAUGAUUCAAGAAACAUUGUCAUGCACUUGAAAUUUGAGAUGAAGUUGAGAUUUUGUCCUGACUCCUCUUGCACUGUGUGUGAUAAUAUCUACCAACGAAAGGGGCAAAAAUGUUUUAUUCCUUUUGAUGUGUUUUUCUUUCUAUUUGUUGCUCAACAGAGUCCAUCAAAACAAGUCAAAGGGUUUGUAGGUGUAGCUCAGGAAAGCUAAUAGAAAGAAAUAUAUCUUGGGACAAAGUGCAAUUCUGUUCCUACUUUUAUUAAAUUACCUUCUUUUUUUUUUUCAAGUUGUGUGUGCCAGAAAUUUGUCUUUUUAUGAUUGUCAGUUUUGUGUUAUGUUGUCUGCGCGUGCAUGGCUAAAAUUUAUGUGCCUUUUAAAUGUGUUCCAGCUGCCUGAGCUUGUGGACAUUCUCAAAAUUGACCCUAAAGUUUUGUAAAAGAGUUUUGAACUACAAGCACGCACUAGCACCUGCAGAGCUAUACCUCCUCAUUACAUUGACACAGCAUGACAAGCAACCUGGUUUUGAAUGUGUAAGCCAUAAGUAUUUGAUGUGAUGGAAAUAGCUGUCACAGAAGAUAAGUCUCUUGGUUCUUUGUAGCUCAAUCGAAUGCUGGCUUUAUGGGUCAUGAAUGGUUACUGGUCCAUCUCUGUACCUACGCCUCAGGGCUGUGUAGAAAUGAAGAGAUAAAAGUUUUAAGGAUUGAGGUCUUGCAGCUCCUAUAACCUACUUGUACAGUGCGUCUGGCGUUGAAUGCUAAUGUUGCAGGAAUUAUCUUGUCAGUGGAUUUGAACAACCGCAUGACAAGACGGUAUGGUUCCUGGUUUUUCAUGUUAAAGGGCCCAUAUUAGGCUAUUUUCUGCUCUAUGUUGUAAUGUUUCCUCAUCUAAACAUACCUGGAGUUGUGUUAUUAUUUCAUUAACACAGGUUUAACACACAAACCCUGUAUAUUUAAGAUUUACAAACAGAAAACACUCUGUUCCAUCUUGUCAAUCUCCUGAACAAAAGAUUAAAGGUGACUGUUAACAACUACUAAUACUACUACCACUUCAAGACACAAGAUGGAACAGAGCAUUUUGAGCAUUGGAGAUGGAGACAGACUGAUGUUGCAGGAUUACUCAAACGUGUGAAUGAAACAAAACACAAUUUCAGAUAUAUUUUUCAGGAGGUAACAACAUUAUAACAUGGCUUAAAGAUCACAAAUUUGCGUGACAUAGGACCUUUAACCCCAUAUCCAGAUAGUUUUCAUCCAUGUACUACUUUCUUCGUUUCUAUUAUCCCAAAACAUCUUCUCUAAGCCUCAAGAGAAAUUUUCUGUCUCUAAACGAAGAAUUGGUCAAACCCAAAGGAUAAAGUAAACCUUACUGACCAGGUGAGGCAAUGUAAUGACCACUGAUAUUGAAAUUAACACAAAUUAUCUGUACUUAAUGAGUCUCUGUUAAGAAGGUGGAAAUAUACCCCAAAAAUGUAGUUUAAAGGAAACAUACAGUGCAAAAUCAACUUUAAUCUAACCUAUUUCCAAAAUGUAAAAUAAUUAUAUAUUUAUGUUUAUAGUCUAAUACUACGUAACUGAGAAAGAGCAUAAUAAGUCUUCUCUAAAACAAUAUUCCUAAGAAAUCUACCAAAAGUGCCAGGUGCAGGUGUGGGUUGUGAAAGAAGUUAAUGCAACACAGAUCAUUAAGAAAUACUGUCCCAACUAUCUCAUCUUAUAUGUUAAUAGUGCAAAUUAUUAGAAAGACAUUUAUUUAGCAUCAGCUCUUGGAGCAAAUGAAACCAUGCUGUAGCUUUUGUCAAUGAAUGUGAUUUGUGCAUUAUGUGUGUACUGAUGCCUCAGUAAAUGAUCAUGGAAAAAUCAUAUUUCAGUAGCUCUACUCACUACAACUGUAUAGUCGAUAUAUGAUUAUUUUAAAUUGAGAUAUUAUUAGUUUACCCACUAUUUAUCCAAGCUUCGGACAACACAAAUCGGUUUCCAUGUUAAUUGAUCGACUGAAAUGACAGUUCUCCGUGAUAUUUUACUGAGACUCAUCUGUCUGUGAGUGUAAUAAGUAUGGCAUUAAAUGACUUUAAGAUCUCUUUUCUGUGCAAUGAUUCUCCCCCAUCUGUUAUGUGGAAUAACCAAACUGUGAUUAUGUAUACAUUGUAGAUAAUGUUCUGAUGAAACAUUUUUAAAAACACUGAUUCUGGAUUAUGUUGUGUAUAUACAGUGUCCAGGGAAUAAAAGGGGUUGACUCUUAA